AUGGAUAUUCUCAUUGCAGUUGCUGCAAAAAUAGCUGAGUACACUGUAGCACCUAUUGGAAGGCAAGUUGGUUAUCUAAUUUUCUACAAAGCCAAAUUUAAAGAGCUAAGGGACCGUGUCAGUGAUCUUGAAUACAAAAGAGACGAAAUCAAGCAACGUGUUGAAGAAGAAAGAAGGAACGGGAAAACAACUUCUGAUGUUGUGCAGAAUUGGUUGAAGAAUGUGGAUGAUGCCAUUGGAGACGUAACUCAACUUCAAAAUGAUCCUCGUCAUGCAAAGGCUGGAUGUUCUAGAUGGUCAUUUCCUAAUGUGGUGACACGCCAUCAACUCAGUAGGAAAGCUACAAAGGUUGCCAAAAAAGUUGUUGAAGUACGGGAAGGAGGGGACUUUUCUCAGGUAGCUUACUGUCCUAAACUUGAUGCAAUGUCAGCAUUUACUACAAGGAGUAGUCAAAAUUUGGAGUCAAGGAAACCAAUUAUGGAGAAUAUCAUGCAUGCUCUAAGAGACCCCAAAGUAACCAUGGUUGGAGUCUACGGGCUUGGUGGUGUUGGUAAGACCACUCUCAUUGAAGAAGUUUAUCAAAUAGCUAAGAAAAACCAGUUGUUUGAUGAGGUGGUUAUGGCCACCAUAUCCAAAACACCAGACAUCAAAACCGUUCAAGAGGAGAUUGCUGAUCAGUUGGGUCUUCAUUUUGAAGAGGUAACUGUUGCUGGUAGAGCACCUCGUCUAUGCCAGAGAAUCCAAAUGGAGAAAACUAUCCUUCUCAUAUUGGAUAAUAUUUGGGAAACUCUUGACUUGAAAAAGAUAGGAAUUCCCUCUGAAGGUGAACACAAUGGCUGCAAAAUAUUGAUGACUUCUAGAAAUUUAGAUUUGCUACGACAAAUGGGGGUCAAAGAGAAUUUUAGACUAGAAGUUUUAAAUGAAGAAGAAUCAUGGAAUUUGUUCAAAGCUAUGGCUGGUAAUGUAGAUGAAGAGUUUAGCUUGCAUCAAAUUGCACUCCAAUUGGCAAAAAAGUGUGCAGGAUUGCCUGUUCUCAUAGUUACAAUGGCUCGGUCAUUGAUAAAUCAAGACAUUCAUGCGUGGAAAGAUGCAUUGAACCAAUUAAAAAAGGUUGACAAUGAAGAGUUGCAGGAGAUAACCUAUUCAGCUUUGGAGUUAAGUUACAAAAGGCUAAAAGGCAAUGAAAUGAAAGCCUUAUUCUUGCUUUGUGCUACAGUUGCUGAAAAUCCUUCGGUUUCUGACUUGUUCUACUAUGGCAUGGGUCUAGGCAUAUUCAACAACACAGAUACAUUGGAGGGUGCCAAGGACAGGCUUCACAUAAUGAUUAGUGCAUUAAAGGCAUCUUGUUUGUUGACAGAAGAUGACACUCACACAAAGGUGAAAAUGCAUGAUGUUGUUCGUGAAGUAGCUAUCUCCAUAGCUUCAAGGGAUCAUCACAUGUUAAUUAAACACUAUGGUGAGUUAAAAGAGUGGCCAACAAUAGAUUUUCUUAGAAGGUGCUCUCAGAUUAUCUUGCACCGCUGUCAGAUCCAUACGAUUCCUGAAAAGGUAGAUUGCCCAAAACUUUCUAUUUUUCAACUGGAAAGUAAGGAUCGUUCUCUUGAUAUCCCUGAUUGUUUUUUUAAGGGAAUGAAAAGCCUCAAAGUUUUAGACUUAACAAGGUUAAACUUGGCUUCAUUACCUACCUCUAUUCGUUUAUUAACUAGACUUACAACAUUGUGUUUGUAUAAUUGUGUUUUGGAAAAUAUAGAUGCAAUUGGUGCACUAAAAAGUUUAGAAAUUCUUAUCAUCUGCCAUUCUUCAAUGAUCAAGUUACCAGUUGAAAUAGGGGAACUGAACAAUUUAAGAAUGCUCAAUUUGAGUGAUUCUGGGAUUGAAGUCAUCCCACCAAACAUCAUAUCAAGCUUGAUCAGAUUAGAGGAGCUGUACAUGGGCAAUACAUCCAUUAAGUGGGAGAUUAUGAAUUCUGAUAAUGAAGGUGAAAAUGCGAGCCUUGAUGAGCUUCGUCAAUUGCCACAAUUGAGAGCUCUAGAACUACAAGUUCAGGAAGCAUGCAUGUUGCCGAGGGACUUGAUGUUCGAUAACUUAGAAAGUUAUAAAAUAGUCAUUGGAGAUAUCUGGGAAUGGUCUGCAAUUAAAAAUGUUUCAGUGAAAACGUUGAAUCUCAAGCUUGGCACCAAUAUUCAUUUGGAGCACAGCAUCAAAGGACUUAUAAAAAGAUCAGAGAUUUUGUAUCUGGAUGAAGUUGAAGGCAUUUCGAAUGUGCUCUUUCAAUUAAACGGAGAUGGAUUUCAACAAUUGAAAUACUUCCACAUCCAAAAUAAUGCCAUAAUUAAGCACAUCGUUGAUUUGAAAGAGAGGACUCAUGUUCCAAUCCCUUUUCCAAAUCUGGAAAAUCUAGUGAUUCAGAAUCUCAGUAAGAUGGAGAAAAUUUGUCAUGGCCCACUUGCAGUUGGUUCCUUUGCCAAGCUCCAAACAGUCAAAGUUGAAAAUUGUAAUAAAGUGAAAUACCUUUUCUCUGUUUCCAUGGUUAAAAGGAUGUCUCAACUUUCAGAGCUUCAAGUUUCUCAAUGCGAUCUUAUGGAAAUGGUAGUGUUUGGAGAUGGUGAUGCAAGUGCAAUGAAUGAUGAAACUAAUGAACCCAUUGAGUUUGCCUCACUCCAUUCUCUGACUCUACAGCAUUUGCAUGCACUUGCCAGCUUCUUCUCCCAUGAGCCCACAUCUUCUCAUGUUUCCCUUUUUAAUAAUCAGGUUGCAUUUUUUAAUUUGGACACUCUCAAGUUGAGUUCACUCAAAUUGAAUAAAAUUUGGAAGGAUAAUCAACAUUCAUUUUACAAAUUGACAAAUUUAAUUGUUGAGAAUUGUGAUGGUCUAAAAUAUUUGUUCUCAUCUACAAUGGUGGAGAGUUUUCCCAACCUCACAAAGCUUGAAAUAAGUGAAUGUCAUCUAAUGGAGGAGAUAAUAGCUGCAGAAGAAGAUAGUGACAACAAUAUUGUCACACUAGAAGAGGUUCGAUUUUUCAAAUUGCAAACAAUUAUCUUGAAGAAUAUGAAGAGCUUGAAGAAAAUAUGGCACAAAGAAUUUUCUAAAGUAAAGACAUUACAAGUCAAAAAUUGUGAAAAAAUUAGAGCAAUUUUUUCUUCUUCAAUGCAAAAAGCAUAUAAUGAUCUAGAGACAUUAAUGGUUACUGACUGUGUUUCGGUAGAAGAGAUAUUUCAACUGAGUUCUGAUGAAAAUUAUAGUACAGAACAAACACAGCUGAAAAAAAUUACUCUAGAAAGAUUGUCGAAGCUAAAACAAAUAUGGAGCAAGGAUCCUGAAAGAGCUCUUAAUUUUUGCAAUCUAGAGGAAAUAAAUGUAGAGAGCUGCAUAAACUUGGAAUUUGUAUUUCCAUGUUCAGUAGCCACAAGUUGCUCACAUCUUAAAGAACUUACAAUUAAAUGGUGUCAAAACAUGAAGGAAAUUAUUGCAUUCAAGGAAGAAUCCAUGUUCUCAUCUAUUUCCUUUGAGUUUAACCAUUUAAAUACUUUGGUGCUUUGGGACUUGCUUAAGCUCAAAGGGUUCUAUGCACGAAAUUACACAUUAUCAUGUCCAUCUUUGAGAAAAUUACAUGUUUCAGAAUGUGUGAAGUUAAAUUUGUACAGAAGUCUAUCAACAAGUAGUCAUCAAAAGCUUUCAGAUGAAGAAUAUAUUAUUUCAACACAGCAACAUUUGGUAGCUGAACAGGUAAUGCCUAAUUUAGAGGACUUGAGAAUAGAUGAAAAGGAUGCUGUCAACAUAUUUUUGAAACGGCUAAAUGUUGAGUGGAGUUCCUUUAAGAAGAUUUUUCAAGAUAAAAGGCUUACAAAUGAAAAAAAUUGUACAAAGCUCCAAGGUUUGACACUGUAUCAAUUACCAAAUCUUCAACACAUAUGCGAAGAAGGACUGCAAAUUGACCCAGUUCUCGAGCUUCUUGAAAUCUUAUAUGUUGAUGGAUGCUCAAGUUUGAUAAACAUUGUUCCUUCCUCUGUUACCUUUUGCCAUUUGAGCUAUCUUGAGGUAGCAAAUUGCAAUAGCAUGAUAAACUUACUUUCUCCUCAUACAACAAGAAGUCUGGCCAAGCUCACCGUAAUGAAGGUAAAACAAUGUGAUUCACUUGAGGAAAUAUUGUCCAAAGAGGGAGAGGAGAUAACAAAUGACAUUGUAUUUUUCUCCUUAGAAACUUUGGAGUUGGAUUCUUUACCAAGACUCGGUAGGUUUUGCUCACAAAAGUGCUUCCUAAGGUUCCCAUUGUUGAGGAAAGUAGUGGUCAGAGAAUGUGCUCGCAUGAAGUAUUUCUCUGAAGGAGACAGGGUGAGCACACCAAAGCUUCGAAAAGUGCUAACAGCAGAGAAGAGUAAAGAAUUUUAUUGGAAGGGUGACUUGAAUGGCACCAUAAAACACAUGUUUGAAAAUAAGAUAUCAUUUCGUAGAUUCAGUCAUUUGGCAUUGUCUGAUUACCCAGAGUUGAGAGAUUUUUGGUAUGACAAAGAGUAUCAUAAUUUAUUUAACAAUUUAAAAUCUCUGGUGGUGCAAAAAUGUGAAUUUUUGUCAGACGUUCUUUUUACGUCAAACACAUUACAAGUUCUACAUGGAUUAGAAGAACUGGCGGUAAGGAAUUGUGAUUCAUUAAUAACACUGUUUGACGUGAAAGAAAUGAAGUCUAAUGGAGCAAUGGUGAAACAAGCUAGCAAAUUGAAAAAACUAAGCUUGUCUAGCUUACCAAAAUUAAGGCACAUAUGGAAUGCAGACUCACACCAAAUUGUGAGUUUUGAAAACUUGUGCACAGUGGAUGUUGUUGAGUGCAAAAGUCUGUUGUAUCUAUUUCCACCCUCAAUAUGCCUUGAUCUCCCAUAUAUUGAAAAGUUGAACAUAGUGUCUUGUGGAGUUGAAAAUAUUGUUUCAAUGGAGAAAGAAUCAACUGAAAUCAACUUUAGCUUUCCUCACUUGAGUUUCUUGAGAUUUAUUCGACUGGAAAAACUCAAGAGUUUCUAUUUGGGAAGAUUUACUUUAGAGUGCCCUUCAUUAAAGACAUUAAAUGUAUAUCGCUGUGAGGCACUACAAAUGUUUACCUUCAACCAUUCAAGUCUUCAACAGGAUCAUCAGAUAGAAGAAAUUAAUGAUUCGCCGCCUAUUCCUCAAGCACUCUUUUCUAUUGAAAAGCUAAGCGGCAACUCAUUGGAAGAACUGGCACUAAAUGGCAAGGAUGCAAUGAUGAUGAUCAAUGGCCAUAUGAAAGAAGCUAAAUUUUCGAAAGUAGAAAUUCUUCGCAUGCAGUGCCUUCAUGACACACAACUUAUUUGUUGGAAUGAUUUGCUUGAAAUAUUUCCCAAUGUAGUGACUCUUCAAGUAAGACAAAGUUCUAUGCAAAUAUUAUUUCCUAUUGAAGAAACUACUCAUUGCAGUACAAGAAUUGCUCAGCAAGUGAGGAAAUUGUGGCUUUAUGAAAUGGAACAUCUCGAACAUAUUUGGCAUGAAGAAUUUCUAUCUGAUCAACUUGCCCCUCAAAAUCUUGAGAGUUUAAAAGUUGCCGCUUGUCCUAAUAUGGUAAGCGUGGUGUCAUAUUCAGUGUCAUUCCAAAGUUUGAAAGUGUUGGUUGUUGAAAACUGCAAAGGGAUGACUCAUUUGAUAACAUCCUCCGUUGCUAAAAGUUUAAUGCAACUAGAAAAGUUGAUAGUAAGAAAUUGUGAGAUGAUAAAGGAUGUUGUGAAUGUUGAUGAAGAAGAAGCAGAGGAAGAUAUCAUAUUUGAGAACUUGGAAUACUUAGAACUCUCUACUCUAAUUAGUUUGAGAAGCUUUUGCUAUGGGAAACAUGCACUCAUAUUCCCAUCUUUGAUAUGGUUCAUUGUCAAAGCAUGUCCUCAAAUGGAGGUUUUCUCACCGGGAUCCAUUAUAGCACCAUUUCUGAGGACAGUUGAAGUGGAAAAUAAAAGAAAGCGGUGGAAAGGUGAUCUUAAUACUACUAUUGAACAAUUAUUCAAAGAAAAUCAGAUCAAAAUGGAAAACUGA